AUGAAGCUCCUCGCAUCCCUCGCUCUGCUGGCCGCUACUACGCUGGCCAACCCCGUCGUUUCUCGCUCUUCGAAGGAGUUCAAGCUCAAGACAACUGGCUCGGCAAACCCGGAUUUCAACGACCUUUAUCUCUAUUCCUACCAUACUGGCGCUGGUCUGAGUGAUGGAGUUUUGGACAGCAAUGCUUCUGUGGGAACCAAGUUCUCGUUGAACGGUACCACUACUUACGCUGAUCUGGGAACCACUUUCUCAUGGGGCUUGUCAGUCGCGGGUGACACCAAUUAUGCCGCGUGGGAACCCGUCACUAUCAACGCCGGAACAAGUGAAUCAGGAUUUACGAUCAGCAAUGGCAACUUUGUCUGGUCCACGGACCUAGGUUUUGCUGGCUGGCUUGUUUGCUCUUGGUAUCACAAUGCACCGCAGUUGUUCGGCCUCGUCUCAUACUAUGACCCUGUUAUCCCUUCAAGCUGCAGCAAGGUCACCUUGACGCCCGUAUACUGA